AUGAUGCUAGCGCUCACUGCCCACAACUUUCCUGAAGGACUGGCAGUUGGAGUGCUGGGCAAAGUCGAAGCAUCGUGCAGUCGAAGCCGACGUCCAUGCGAACAUCCACUUCUUGAGGUUUCCUCGCUUCAAAGCGAACGCUUGGGUGUUGUUGUCAUGGCCGCAAUCGCGGUGCACAACAUUCCUGAGGGCAUUGCUAUUGCAAUGCCAGUCCUUGAGGCCACCAAUGAUCGCCGAAAGGCAAUGUUAAUGGCCACGCUCUCGGGCCUGGCGGAACCGCUGGGCGCCUUCAUCGCUGUAACUUUGCUGCCUCCCGGAGCACUUGCCGGCCCAGGGAUGGACAUCUUGCUUUGCAUCGUGGGCGGGAUUAUGACCUCUGUGGCCGCUUUAGAGCUCUUGCCAGAAGCAGUGGCCCAGCGACAAAAUUGGAGCACCUUUGCAGGCCUUGUAACAGGAGCCCUGGUCAUGCUCCUCACACACGAAUUGGCCUGA